CUCUAAAAAUAAAAUUCACCUCUCUUUCUCUUUCUCUCUCAUCACUCUUUAUUUUCUCUCUCUCUCUUUGUCGGUGUACGCAGAUCUUGUGCACUCCACGCUCUUGGCACCUGCUUCUACUGUUGUUCUUCUCGUUUGGCUUGGUGGGGUGUGACAAAUUGGGGCUUUUCUGUUGUGGGUAGCUGAAAGGUGGUUUUUUGCGUUUGUGUUUGUAGUGGGGUUGUGAAAAUGAGGGUGAUUUCGUUGCUGGGGUGGAGUGUAUGAUUGAGGGUGGUGAAGAUUGGUGGUUUUGGAAGGUGGGGUGCAUGUGGGAUCUCAAUUGGGUUCUAUGUUUGGUGAAGAAAGGUUUUGGGGAGGGGAGAAUAAGCUGGGAUUGUUGUGGGUUUGUGAUAAUGAGCAGGGGUAGGUGGGGGAAAUGUGGGUGAGUUUGAGGGUUAAAGUUUUGUUUUUUUGAAUUUGGGACCUGGGUUUUGUGAAGUUUGGGCUUGAUCUUUACCCCAUAGGGAGGUUUUGGAGAAUUUGUGGGUGUCAGGGGAAAAUGCAGCAAGAUCACAGGAAAAAGAGUUCAGCGGAGAUGGAUUUUUUCUCUGAAUAUGGUGACGCCAACCGGUACAAAAUUCAAGAAGUCAUUGGGAAGGGAAGUUAUGGUGUUGUCUGUUCAGCCAUUGACACUCAUACCGGUGAAAAAGUGGCAAUUAAGAAGAUUCAUGACAUCUUUGAGCAUAUAUCUGAUGCUGCUCGAAUUCUUCGCGAGAUAAAGCUGCUUAGACUUCUUCGACAUCCUGAUAUUGUUGAAAUAAAACACAUUAUGCUGCCUCCUUCAAGGAAGGACUUCAAGGACAUUUACGUUGUCUUUGAGCUCAUGGAGUCUGAUCUUCAUCAAGUCAUCAAAGCCAAUGAUGACUUGACAAAAGAACACUACCAGUUUUUUCUUUAUCAAUUACUCCGAGCAUUAAAGUAUAUUCACACAGCAAAUGUCUAUCAUCGAGAUUUGAAGCCAAAGAAUAUACUGGCAAAUGCAAACUGUAAACUUAAAAUCUGUGAUUUUGGGUUAGCCAGAGUUGCCUUCAGUGACACACCAACAACUAUAUUUUGGACGGAUUAUGUUGCUACAAGGUGGUAUAGAGCUCCAGAGCUAUGUGGGUCAUUUUACUCGAAGUAUACGCCAGCAAUUGAUAUAUGGAGUAUAGGUUGCAUCUUUGCUGAAGUAUUAACAGGAAAACCACUUUUUCCUGGAAAAAAUGUAGUCCAUCAGUUGGAUCUGAUGACAGAUCUUCUUGGAACUCCUUCACUGGAUACUAUAUCACGGGUACGAAACGAGAAGGCAAGGAGAUACCUAACUAGCAUGAGGAAAAAGCAGCCCGUACCGUUUGCUCAAAAAUUUCCCAAUGCAGAUCCUUUAGCACUAAGGCUGCUAGAAAGGUUGCUGGCUUUUGAUCCAAAAGACCGGCCUACUGCUGAAGAGGCAUUGGCUGAUCCUUACUUCAAGGGACUGGCAAAAGUUGAGAGGGAACCAUCCUGCCAGCCUAUCACGAAAAUGGAAUUUGAAUUUGAAAGACGAAGGGUCACAAAGGAAGAAAUUAGAGAGCUGAUUUUCCGUGAGAUACUAGAGUAUCAUCCUCAACUAUUGAAAGACUACAUGAAUGGAACAGAGAGAACUAAUUUUCUUUAUCCAAGUGCUGUUGAUCAAUUCAGAAAGCAGUUUGCUCAUCUAGAGGAAAAUGGUAAAAAUGGUCCUGUUAUGCCGCUUGACAGAAAGCAUGUUUCUCUUCCAAGGUCAACGAUUGUACAUUCAAAUACAGUACAUCCAAAAGAGCAAACAAACAUUGCUUCCAGCAAAAACCGUCCUACCGCCCAGGAAUAUAACAAGAACUCCAGAGAUGCUUCAGAAAUUCCAUUGCCAAGGUCGAUGCAGGGACCACAAAGAAUUCCACUUGCAAAACCUGGUAAAGUUGUCGGGCCCGUUGUUCCAUACGAGUAUGGUAACAUUGUCAAGGAUUCUUAUGAUCCUAGGUCAUUCAUCAGAGGUUCUGUGCUUCCUACUCAGCCCGUUCCCCCAGCAUAUUAUUAUCAAAGACCCAGCAAUGGAAGCCAAGAAAGACCAGCAGCAACAGAAGCUGACAAGAGUGUGCCUUUGCAAGCAAAACAUGCAUCACAACAACAAUGUGGAGUCAAUGCCAAGAUGGCACCAGACAUAGCUAUUAAUAUUGACACAAAUCCCUUUUUCAUGACAAGGGCAGGAGUUAACAAGUUAGAGCAAGGUGAUCAAAUAGCCAUAGAACCAAACUUGCUGCAGCCAAAGGCUUAUGGUGCAAUCAGUGCUGCAGCUGGGGCCACUGCUCACAGAAAAAUUGGCCCUGUUCAGUAUGGCAUGACAAGAAUGUUCUAGAAGAAGAAAAGUUAUUGUCUUGUGAAUAUUUUGGCCAGGGGGAGCAACCCUUGUAGAGAAAAAAAGGCCCUUUUGUGGGGAUGAAGCUGUUGCCUCUGGUGAUGGUUUGUAUAAAAUGAGAGAGGGUGGUGAGAGGCGCAGAGGCAAUGCUUCCCUAGAAAAAGUGCCAGCUUUCUCUGGUCUACAAAGGUAUGAACUUUGGUUAAUGGUUACAACUACCAAAAGACUAGUGUUGACAAUGAAAUUCAGUCCUUUCUUGCAAGUCAAUCAAUAACCUCAUUUUAGGUGUUUGUAGUAGUGAAGACACAGCCUUGAAGCAAAUGUCUUGGAUGUUUGUACUUUUAAUUGGAUUAAUGGAAUUUCACAAACCUAGCAUAACAUCUUAUACCUCAACAAAUUUUUGGCUCUCAUGAGAUUCAAAAGAACUAUCUAAAUUAUGAAGAUGGAAUUUACUGUAA